ACGUAUGUACUUAUUAUGACUUUUUUGUGAUGUUUAUUUUCACACGGUUCUUGCAAUUUUGUUAAAAUUCGCUUGAUUCUAUUCAUCAUGAAAUGUAAUGAAUUUGAAAAGUCUGUUCCUCGCCAUCACAUGAAUCUGUCUAACUUAGAUAAAGCGCUGCACGAUCUGGGAAUGUUGAGUGCCAUAACAGAAGCGCGUCGGGAGUAUUUAAGGGAAUCUAGAUCUAAUUUCAGCGUAAUGCGCCUUAAUACUCGGUAUGUAUCUAACGUAACAGUGGGCUAUUGCAUGAAAAGAACCGCAAACAAAAACAGACUUUGCCCAUAUGUUAUACCCGUCAGACAUAGAACUAAGAGUGAAAAUUCUGAUGCAAUCAGCGAUGUAAGCGACAGCGCGUGUGAAUAUAAAAGCAGUUUUCUCGACCCAUCGACAAGUAGCCAUAGCCCCUUUGACCCAAAGAGUCCAGCCAAGCGAUGCCAAUCUUUGGAGAACCUAAACUUGUCUUUGGAACCUCAGGCAAACACAGAAAUAUCUCCCGAAAUGGAUUGUGUGUCAACAAGGAUUCAGAAGUUACAGGUUGAUGAAUGACAAAACAAUGUAUAAAACAUCUUUAAACCAGUGAAUUGACACUGUUAAUUAUGUGUCCGUCAGUAUUGUUGAGUGUAAACAC